AUGCCGCCUGAAGGCGAGAUGGCUGCGCAGGGUGCCGCCAACAACUCCAGCGACUUUGUUCGCAAGCUAUACAAGAUGCUGGAAGACCCCGCCUACAGCCACAUCGUCCGAUGGGGAAACGAAGGCGAUAGCUUCGUCGUUCUCGAGAACGAGAAGUUCACCAAGACAAUCCUCCCAAAGCACUUCAAGCACAGCAACUUUGCGAGUUUUGUUCGACAACUCAACAAGUACGACUUCCACAAAGUCAGACAGAACGAGGAGAAUGGCCAAUCACCGUAUGGACCGGGGGCCUGGGAGUUUAAGCAUCCCGAGUUUCACCAGAACAAGAGGGACAACCUGGACAACAUCAGGAGGAAAGCGCCUGCUCCAAGGAAAGCUCCCGCUGCCGAGGAGUCAUUCCCGGCGGCACAGCAGAUUGUUUUGCUGAAUGAGCAGCUGGUUGCAACACAACACCAGGUCCAGGCGCUCCAGGAACAGUACAUGUGGAUAACACACACCAACAAGUUGUUGGCAGACGAGGUCUUGACUCUUCAGAAGGCUGUCAAAGCUCAGUCACAGGUGCACCAUGAGCUGAUAUCCCACCUGAACAACGCCGACGAGAGGCGGCGCAACAGCCGCCACUCGCAACACUCGAGCCACUCAAGCCACUCGGGACCAACCUUCCACAGCGGCGGCAUGAACAUGCUCCCUGACGCCGCUGACGAGCCACCUCCGGAGCUGCGCAGAGCCCGCGAGAUACUCAAUGGCAUUGCCCAUGACCCAGCCGCGGACCGCGAACUCGAAAGGAUCAACGCCAUGAUGCAGACCGGUUCCCCUCCAGACUCCGCCACGUCUUCCAUCAUGUAUAACCCGCCCAACUCGGCCGCCAUGCCAGUCGUGGCCGAUAAUGUCGGUGACAUGAAGCACAUGGUGUACCCCAUGGGCCAGACCGCAGGCAUCGAUCCCUUCCAUGCCGACCAUAUCAACAACAUCCCGUAUACCCGCCCCUUGAGCAACCCAAACACCAUAGCAGACGUGCCCGCCCAGAUCACACCGCCACCCGCCAAGGACGCCGGAGGGUCGCUGUGGGGCCAGAGAAAGCCCAAGAUUCUGCUCGUGGAGGACGAUAAGACGUGCGCGAGGAUUGGGGCCAAGUUCUUGUCGCAGGUCGAGGCUUCCGUCGACAUUGCUCGUGAUGGUUCCGAGGCAGUCAGCAACGUGAAUGCCAACCCCGACAAGUACGAUCUGAUCUUCAUGGACAUCAUCAUGCCCGUGUUUGACGGCGUGUCGGCGACGGCCUGUAUUCGCAUGGUGCAGGCGCGCAUUCCGAUCAUCGCGAUGACUUCGAACAUCCGAGGCGAGGAUAUCGCAACCUACUUCCAGUGGGGCAUGAACGACGUUCUGGCAAAGCCCUUUACCAAGGAUGGUAUGGUCCGGAUACUGAAAAAGCACCUGUCUUACCUCCUCAAGAAUCCUCCAGGGCCUGGGGAGGAUCUUGGUCCCAACGGCGGUAUGCAAGCUCCUGCUGGCUACGCCAGCGCAAGUAUGACAAUGGGUCCUGGCGGCCAAGCUGGGAUGGCCACAGCUGGCGGGCAGAUGAAGUUUGAGACGACCCCGAUCCAGUCCCCUGCCGCGACGACGGCGUCAUGGCACUCUCCUGGCGGUGGGCAGAUAGCGCAGGCCUCACCCAAUCUCGAAGCGACCAGUUACAUGAACGCUGUCAAUGUGAACGGAAGUUCGCAAAUGCCAAUCACUCCUGGUGGAACGCACCGACCGCAGUUCCAAGGCGGCAUGGUACCUCAUGUUGGGACUCCGCCGAUACGGAGCAUGCCCGAAGGCAUGGGGAUGGAAGGUCCUCCGGAGAAAAGACAACGGAUGUACGGCCCCGGCCAGGUCCAGUAUGGCCAAUAA